CUCUAAGAUUACACUUUUCCUAUCGUUCGCGUUCAGGCGCUUCGUCAUACGUCAAACGAGCGUUUGUCAGGCAGGGGGCUGCUGGCUUGUUAAAUUGUUUUGGAAACUUUCCAAACUUUUCCUUCUUUUCCCGAAAAGUGCAGUGCAGCAGUGCACCGAGUGUUUGGUGGCGCUAGAGCUCCCGUGUCCCCCGUGUGGAACGAUGUCGAAGAAACCUACGACGGGCCCGGCCCUGCAUAAGGUCAUCAUGGUGGGCAGCGGCGGUGUAGGCAAAUCCGCCCUAACGCUACAGUUCAUGUACGACGAGUUCGUGGAGGACUACGAACCGACCAAAGCGGACAGCUACCGUAAAAAGGUGGUGCUGGACGGCGAAGAGGUCCAAAUCGAUAUUCUCGAUACGGCGGGCCAGGAAGACUAUGCGGCCAUCCGGGACAACUACUUCCGCAGCGGCGAAGGCUUCCUGUGUGUGUUCUCCAUCACGGAAGACGACAGCUUUCAGGCGACUCAGGAAUUCCGGGAACAAAUACUGCGCGUGAAGAACGAUGAAAACAUACCGUUCCUGCUGGUCGGCAAUAAAUGCGAUUUGAACGAUAAACGGAAGGUGCCACUGGCGGAAUGUCAGUCCCGCGCCCAGCAGUGGGGUGUGCCAUACGUCGAAACAUCGGCUAAAACACGCGAAAAUGUGGACAAGGUGUUCUUUGACCUGAUGCGGCAGAUCCGCUCGCGAAAGACGGAAGAUUCCAAGACAACGAACGGUCGCGUUAAAGACAAAUCAAAGCGACGAAAAAUCAAAUGUAUGCCAUUAUAGAGCCGAAACAGCAUCCGGUCUACCAUCAGGAUCCCGUACGGAGGAAGCUCACCGGCGCGGUUACUAGCCUACUAGGCGCCUGGCGGGGGAAGGCACACACACAGACACACACAAACAAAACUCCUCGACGGCCGUGGACGCUACACCAAACAAAUCACAAACAAAAACCAGUGGGCAAAUACUCACCCCCAUGCGUUCUCUUCAGGAAUCAUGAAACAGUGACAAGCGGUCGAAGAAAGCUUUUUAAAGCAUAAUACUACUCUCUCGCGAAUCAAGCGCGACCACACAUACACGCAACACAUCGCUAUUUAGUAACAUAAUUACUUUAAGGGAAAAGUAAAAAAAAAAGCCGAUAAGUUCCAGCCGACACGCCGAACCCCGUGAGGAAAGGAUGGUUCUAACGAGCACGAAAUCUCUGCAUCUCCUCCUGCUGCACAAGGGGAGUUUACUCAUGGGGGCUACAGUGCAAUGCGAACCGGAAGUGGAACCCGAAAGCCAGAUGGUUCCUGUAAUUGGUGCGCGCUUAUGUCUCUAUCCCUACGCGGUACGCGGUUCUACUAAGCUUAGUGAUUGAAUGUAACGCUCUUCUGCUACUCUUUCUCGCGGUGUAGUAGGGGCGCGGUUCAAAACCAUCAUGAUAUUGAUGUAUUUGUUUUGUGUUGUUUUUAAACUCUGCUCACUCACCACCACACCACGCUUGGUAUCUUCAGUGUGUAGUGGCUUAAUGUUAAGGCAAGACUUCCCUAAGAAAGCAAGCAGCGAUGGCAGCAGCUGAGGAAUGAAUGUCUAAUCUUUACACUGAUUUCUGUGCAUUUCCUGCUCAUUCUAUUCAUAAUUCAUAAUCCAAAAAGUGAAGCAAAUCAUGCAAUUCUCGCGUUCGAAUGCAAAUUACAGUUCGCAAUUAGGAGAGUCCAUUUCCAUUUCGCCGUUCGCUAAUCACACGGUGUACAUUCCACUCAUCUCUCUCUCUCUCUCUCUCUCUGUCCAUCCAAUCUAUCACCGGUCAUACUCUGACCACCGCUUUCCUGUAGCUGCCGACAUUGUAUUAACCUCAUGCUCAUCCAUUGCUUAUACAAAAAAGGGACUAAAAGCGAACCUCAAAACCGUGAAAAUGAAAUGCACAGUUCAAUUGAACCGUGUUUCUUUUUCUCCUCUCUUAUUUAAGCCUCAAAAUAUAAUAGUGUACGCAACAUUUACGAUUCACGAUUCUGUGCGAGCGCACACACACACAUGUCUCACAUGUUUCUGUUGUUAACAUAACUAUAAUUAUUAAUAAUAAUUAAUAAACAAACAAACGAACAAAAAAAACAACAAACAAACAAACAAACAACAUGCAACUUAUCAGGGACGGUUUUACUACUGUAAAGUAAUGAUAAUAGGCUUAUGUGGUUUGCUUUUGUUUUUAAUAAGAAGAAAAUGCAAUGCUUUAGUAAUAUUAUAUGUUUUAAAUGUUUUUUUUGUUGUUGUACACAGUGUUGGUUUUUUCCUAUACAUAUUGGGUUCUUUUCUGUUUUAAAACGGCAUCAAUUUUUAUAUCUGUUCUUGUUUUUUCUUCUCUUCCCUUCUUCCUUCUUUCUUUCCCUCCCCGUACCUUUUCGUAUCUGAAUCGUUAAAUUCAAACGCUGUUCCAAUUGAUCGCUCAUUUCUCGACCAUCUUCGUCCCUCGUCCCCUCGGAUUACCUCUCGUUCACCGGCACACA